UAUUUUGAAAUGCUCUUUCAUCUGUGUUUUUUUUUAAAAACAACACCGUCAACAGUUUCUGUUUUCACACAAAGAAUGUUUGCACUGACCUUAUGAGCACUUUGUGCAGUUGAUGUAAUACCGAACAGGAUUUAACUAUUCCGUGAUAUAUCAAGCUUUGAUGUUCAAUAAGUGAACGUAAACUGUUCCGUCAUUACUUCUUAAACGUGCCCGGACAUGCCUAACAAAGUUUGACUUUUAAAUGGAGCUCAUCAUCAUCUCAGCACACUCAAUGUUUGCAUGUGUCACUUCAGAUGCUCUGCGCUGAAAACAGCUGAUGUCUGGACAUCAUGACAGUGUUGGGGACUGAAACUGCUGCUUUGUCUGGAAUGAGUGAAAACCUGUGGUUGGAAAAAGCCUGCGCUCACCUUAUUCCUGCUUUACCAUUAUGGAUUAUUGAAUAUGCAUGGAGUAAACGGAUGAUGGAGGUCUUAGAAGUUCUAGGACCUCCAUUAUGGCUAGAAGGUGACUGGCAUCUUUUGAGUCUUGAAGAGCCGUGCAGAAUCCGUGCGGUGGCGGCAGAGGUUUGGAGGAUUGUGCAGGCCAGAGACAUCAAGCACUUUGAGAGAGUCACUGAGUUUUUGGAUGUUACAUACACACUUAUGCCACGACUAGUGACUCCCAUCAAACACAUGAAGAUUAUGUUUGGUCUGCAGACUCUGGUUAUCAUGUGGAUGUUGUGGAAUGACCAGAGCACGGCUAAAAUCUCUGAAAAGAUUGAAAACUUUUUCCCUAAAAGCCUCCCAGAGUAUCACAAAUGUAGCCGUAGAAACAUGGAUCUGAUGCAGAAAAACCGAGAAGAUUUCAAAUCCUUUGCUCAUGUUCUGGCCAGAGACAGGGAUGUGCGUGAGACUUACAUUCGGGAUUUAAUGGAGGAGCAAUAUGGUGGACGCUAUGCACAGAAACUGGAGGAGAGACUUUCACACUAUUUGGGAGAGCUAGAUAAAGUCCUGCCACAACCUACAUGUAUUGAUCAGGUACUGAAGCAGUCGCAUUCAUAUGGGAAGGGAGAGAAGAUCCUGAAAAAAUUACUUUCAAGGGAUAGCGCAUCUCUAGCCACAGCUCUGAAGAGACUCCUACAUUGCGCUGUAACAACAAAUGUGAGCCUUGAUGAAAGUAUGACACCUUCACUUUCAAAAACUUGUGAGGAACAAAGGGACGCUGAAGUUGUUAAACCAUCCAAUCGUACCCUCCGUGUGUUUUUGACGUCAUCUCAGAACACCAUAAAAGAGGAUCAACUUUCACAAACUAGCACAUUUUUUUCUCAGGAUUUGUGGCAGAACAGAAACACAGAAACCAUUUUACCUCAGGAGAAGACUUGUGAUGAUGGAGCAAUUGUUACGUCUACGCAGUUGUCAAGUUCUGAAGACUUCAGCCAAUCUAUUCUGGUGGAGAAGGACCUGGUUGGAAAACAAGCAAAAACUCAAUCUAAACCAGAACAGAAGGAAAGUGGUUUUACAGAGCAGAUGUGCUCCAGACAUGGAAAAAAAAUGAGGAGCAUUCUUCAGGAAUGUUCUGAAGAGCUUGAUGGAGAAGUCAUACAGGCAGAGUGCACUCCCUCAUCAACCCAGAGCACUCCACCUCUUCUCCCAUACACACCACAACCACAAGCAUCUCCAAACCACCACUCAUUGUCCUCAAACGCAGAUUCAUCCUCUACAAACAUUUCACUGCAGGUCAGUCUUUCACCGUUGUCCUCAAAGCCUCUGGUAGCUCCUUCACUUUCAGUUCUCCAACCGUCCUAUUCAUCAACUCAGUCCACAACCUCAAAACAACCAGGACAGACUGUCUUAACUGAACCAAGCAGAAGUGAUGAACACAAUCUGAAACUAUCCUUAGAGAGUCAAAGCUUCCUAAUGCAGUCCAAGUGGCUUCAACCUCAAGUGUGCCUUAAUAGACUAAGCAAGGAAGAAUGCGCCAAAGCGAUGGAGUCAUGCAGAGCCUGUGACGUUUUAGAAGGACAUCAAGAGCCUGAAGAUGAUCAAUUUAUGUCAUUUGAUGUAAAUGCACUGUAUUCUGAUUCAUACUCUGAAGAUUCAGAAUCUGAUGAUCCUGAUUACAAGCCUAGAAGACACUAAAACAGGACAUCGAAAUGAAAGUGUCAGUGAACGUGGUCUUCAUAAUGUUUUUCAGAUGCAUAGGUACUCAAACCUAUUUUGGCAUUUUACAUUGGAUGUGUGAAUAAACUUACAUUAGGGUUAGGAAAAUAUGCUGCUUUUUUACCUCAUUGGUUUACCUCAUGGAGGUCAAAAUGCUUAAAGCUCUUGAUGCAGGUCAGGCUUUCACCAGUGUCCUCAAAGAAACCAGUUACUCCUUCAACUUCAGUCCACCAGCAGUCCUCCUCAUAAUUUCAGUCCACGUCCUCAAAGCAACUUGGCAUUUUAUGAAUCAACACAGGACAGAUGAACACAAUCUGAAACUGUCCUUAGAGAGUCAAAGCUUCCUCAUGCAGUCCAAGUGGCUUUAACCUCAAAUGUGUCUUAAUAGACUAAUGAAGGAAGAGUGUGCCAGGGCCAUGUGUUCAUACAGAGCCUGUGACCUUUUAGAAGAAGGCUGAAGAAUAAAUGCAUUUUAUUCUGAUUAAUUCUCAGACAAUUCAGAUUACCUUGAUUACAAGCCUAACAGAGACUAAAACAGAGGACACCAAAAAUGUGCCAGCAAACGUGGUCUUCAUCAUGUUUUUUAGAUUUAUAAGUACUCAAACAUCUGUUUUAGUAUUGUAUGUUGGAAGUUUGAAUAUACUUUUUUAUUAGGUUUGGUAAAAUUGCAGCUUUUUACCUUAUUUUACCUCAGCGUUUACCUCACGGUAGUCAAAAUGCUCAGUCUUUCACGAGUGUCUUCAAAGAAACCUGUUCCUUUUUCACCUUCAAUUCACCGAAAGUCCUCCUCAUAAUUUCAGUUCACAGCCUCAAAGUAACUUGGCACUUCAAGAAUCAACACAGGACUGAUUUUAGCUACCAGUUUCCUUCAAAGAACCAAUGAACACAAUCUGAAACUGUUUUUAGAGAGUCAAAGCUUCCUCAUGAAGCCCUAGCGGCUUCAAGCUCAACUGUGCCUUAACAGAUUGAUUAAGGAAGAGUGUGGAUCCAUACAGUGCCUGGGACAGUUUAGAAGAAAGCUGAAAAUUUAAUACACUGUAUUCUGAUUUAUUCUCAGAUGAUUCAGACUCCAUGAUUACAAGCCCAACAAAGACUUAAAACAAAGGACACCAAAAGAAGUACAGUGAACAUGGUCUUCAUUAGUUUUUAGAUGCCUAGGUACUCUGUUUUAGUAUUUUACGUUGGGUGUUUGAAUAUACUUCUUUUAGGUUUGGGAAAAUUGCAGCUUUUCACCUUAUUUUACCUCAUCGCUUACCUCACGGUAGUCAAAAUGCUCAGUCUUUCACCAGUGUCCUCAAAGAAACCAGUUACUUUUUCACCUUCAGUCUACCAACAGCCCUCCUCAUAAUUUCAUUUCACGGCCUCAAAGCAACUUGGCACUUCAAGAAUCAACACAGGACAGAUUUUAGCUACCAUUGUCUUCAAAGAACCAAGGAACACAAUCUGAUGUCCUAAGAGAGUCAAAGCUUCCUCAUGAAGUCCAAGUGGCUUCAAGCUCAACUGUGCCUUAACAGAUUGACCAAGGAAGAGUGUGCUAGAGCCAUGGAUCCAUACAAAGCCUGUGACAAUUUAGAUGCUACCAGUGUCCUCAAAGAAACCAGUUGCUGCUUCACCUUCAGUCCACCAACAGUCCUCCUCAUCACCUAAAUCAGCAGUCUCAAAACAAUUUGUCUUUCCAAGAAUCAAUCCUGGACUAUUUUAGCCACUAUUUUCUUCACCGAACUAAGCUGAACCAAUGA